CGUCAACGGUGAUUAGUCACUGAAGGCCGCCGUAAUACACUUAAGGACAGGGCCAGGUCAUCGUCUACUGUGCCUUCCGUUCGCCUAGGUCUAGUAGUUCAACUCGCUCACCGAGUCCUGCCUGCGGACCGUCGAGAGCGCAGAAUAGCCCCUCGUUCGAUGAGGCGCUCGCGCAAGCUGCGCCCGGGACCCUGAUAAGCAACGACAUGGACCAACGCGGCGGGGACCCCUUGGGGGCUGCCAACAAAAGCAACGAAGGCGCAGGCCCAAUUGACCACCUGCUGAACCCUGCAGCUGUUGCCGACGCCGAGCGACCGGCGCCACUGCAGGUUGACACCGAGGCUUUCGACGACGGCGACGGCAAUGGCGACGGCGACUCGGCCUAUGGAUCGGACGGCGGUUCCGCGUACACGGGCUCCGUCACAUCGUCCAUCUACGAUUACCAGUACGAGAACGGCCGUCGCUACCAUGCCUAUCGCGAGGGGCAGUACGUGCUCCCCAACGACGACCAGGAACAGGAGCGCCUCGACCUGCAGCAUCACAUCUGGCGUCUGCUGCUCGGCGGGCGGCUCUACACGGCGGCGCUCCCGGACCCGUCGACGAAGCCGCCCCUGCGCGUCCUCGACCUCGGCACGGGCACGGGCAUCUGGGCCAUCGACAUGGCGGACGAGUUCCCCUCAGCCGACGUCGCGGGCGUGGACCUGUCGCCCAUCCAGCCCGAGUGGGUGCCCAACAACUGCCGCUUCCACGUCGACGACUACGAGGACGAGUGGACCUACCGCGACGAGGAAAAGUUUGACUACAUCCACGGUCGCGCGUUGAGCGGCACGUCGGCGGACUGGGACCGUUUUUACAGGCAGGCGCUCCGCCACCUCAAGCCGGGGGGGGUCAUGGAGAUGCAAGAGUACGACGCGUGGAUUUUCAGCGACGACGACAGCUGCGACCGCGCCCCGUGGACAAUGGAGUGGGUGAACAAGCUGGAUGCCGCCAGCAAGAUGUACGGGAAGCAAAUCAACGUGGCGCGAUACCACAAGCAGUGGAUGAAGGACGCCGGCUUCGAGGACGUCCGCGAGGUGGUGCACAGGAUACCCAUCGGCCCGUGGGCCAAGGACCCCGCGCUCAAGGAGCUCGGCCGCUUCGAGCUCAUCCACAUGCAGAUGUCGGUCGACUCGCACACGCCGGCGCUCUUCACGCGCGUGCUCAACUACUCGUCGGACCAGGCCAUGGUCCUGAUGGAAGGCGUCAAGCGCGAGUUUAGGAGCCGCGACCUACGGCUAAUUACAAGCUACCGCUUCAUAACUGGGCGCAAGCGUACGACCGCGACUCCGUAGCAGGGCUCCCCGCGGUGUUGCUCGUGCACGCGCGCUCGCAAAGUCAGAAAGGGUUCUUGCAGAAGCAAGCGUGCCGGCUUUUUGGAUAGGAAUGGGAUCGGAGGAAGAAGCAUUGCAUUGGGGAGCGUUGUAGAGACCAGUCUCCGACUGGCCGGCCCCCCGUGCAGCCAAGUAUUUAGCUACCGUUACGAUGCACAUGAAUGAUUACCGAGCGAAUGAUGGACGAUCA